AUGCAGGCGCUGGCCCGGCGCCAGCGGCAUCGGCGCGGGUUGCAUCAGACGAGGCGCUCCGCCACAGCCGCGGAGCCCGCUCGGAGCUGGCCGGGCGGCCGCAAGAUGCUGCGGACAGCACCCCGGCUGCUGCGGACCAUCUGCACCACGGCUGCGGCUUAUCAACAUAAGCUAAAGCUAGCCCUUAUAGGUCAAAGUAUUUUUGGACAAGAAGUUUAUAAAAAGCUAAGAAAAGAGGGGCAUAAAGUUGUGGGAGUAUUCACUGUGCCUGACAAGAAUGGACAAGCUGAUCCUUUGGCACUGGCAGCGGAGAAGGAUGGCACUCCUGUUUUUAAGUUCCCCAAGUGGAGAGCUAAAGGCAAGCCUAUCCAGGAAGUAGUUGCAGCCUACAAAUCAGUUGGAGCAGAGUUAAAUGUCCUUCCAUUCUGUACACAGUUUAUCCCCAUGGAUGUUAUUGACUGCCCAAAACAUGGCUCUAUUAUUUACCAUCCAUCCAUCCUACCACGCCACCGAGGAGCUUCUGCAAUCAACUGGACUUUAAUUCAAGGAGAUAAGAAAGCAGGAUUUACCAUUUUUUGGGCUGAUGAUGGUUUGGAUACUGGACCAAUACUUCUGCAGCGAGAAUGUGAUGUUGGCCAAAAUGAUACCGUGGAUGACCUAUAUAACCGGUUUCUCUUCCCAGAAGGAAUAAAAGCUAUGGUGGAAGCUGUACAUCUAAUUGCUGAUGGCAAGGCCCCUCGUAUACCUCAGCCUAAAGAAGGGGCAACAUAUGAAGGGAUCCAGAAAAAGGAAAAUGCAGAGAUCUCCUGGGACCAACCUGCAGCAGCUUUGCACAAUUGGAUUCGAGGGCAUGAUAAAGUGCCUGGAGCAUGGACAACAAUAAAUGGACAGGUGGUUACUUUUUAUGGAUCUUCAUUACUUGACGCUUCAGUGCCUGCUGGACAAGAGCUGACAAUAAAAGGUGCCUCAAGACCAGGACUUGUGACAAAGAAUGGUCUAGUAGUUUUUGGAAAUGAUGGCAAGAUGGUACUAGUGAGAAAUCUGCAGUUUGAGGAUGGCAAAAUGAUCCCUGCAUCUAAAUACUUCUCUGCUGAUGAAACAAUUGCCCUGGAACUUAGAGAAGAGGAGAAAAAGUUUGCAGAAGAUAUCAGAGCUAUUUGGAAGGGAAUUUUAAGCAAUGUUGCUGUGAUUGAGGAUUCCACAGACUUCUUCAAAUCUGGAGCAUCCUCUAUGCAUGUUGUCAGACUGCUAGAAGAGAUCAAACAGAAACAUCGUGGACUGCAGCUACAGAAUGAAGAUGUGUAUAUGGCCACUAAGUUUGCAGACUUUAUUCAGAUGGCUGUCAGAAAACUCAGAGGAGAAGACAAAGAAGAAGAGUUAGUCAUUGAUUAUGUUUCAAAAAAUAUGAACAACAUGACUGUGAAUAUGCCAUACCAAUGUUUCAUAAAUGGGAAAUUUGUAGAUGCUGAUGAUGGAAAAACAUAUGACACUAUAAAUCCAGCAGAUGGAUCAGUAAUAGCCAGUGUAUCUUCUGCUUCUCUGGCUGAUGUUGACAAGGCAGUGGCAGCAGCAAAGGAGGCUUUUGAAAAUGGUGAAUGGGGGAGGAUGAAUGCAAGGGAAAGAGGGCGACUCAUGUACAGACUUGCAGACCUGAUGGAAGAACAUCAAGAGGAGUUAGCGACAAUAGAGUCUAUUGACUCAGGAGCUGUCUACACUUUAGCUCUGAAGACUCAUAUUGGAAUGUCUGUGCAAACAUUCAGAUACUUUGCUGGAUGGUGUGACAAAAUUCAGGGUGCUACAAUUCCAAUUAACCAGGCCCGGCCAAACCAUAAUCUAACAUUCACCAAGAAAGAGCCAAUCGGUGUCUGUGCAAUUAUUAUCCCCUGGAAUUACCCACUGAUGAUGCUUGCAUGGAAGAGCGCAGCAUGCUUGGCUGCAGGCAAUACCCUUGUACUCAAACCAGCUCAGGUCACACCUCUGACUUCCUUGAAGUUUGCAGAACUCUCAGCUAAAGCUGGAUUUCCUAAGGGCGUUAUAAAUAUUCUGCCUGGUUCAGGUGGCUUAGUGGGACAGCACCUCUCCGAACAUCCAGAUGUCCGCAAAGUUGGAUUCACUGGUUCAACACCAACUGGUAAACAGAUCAUGAAGAGUGCAGCUGCUAACCUGAAGAAAGUUUCUCUGGAACUUGGUGGGAAAUCACCAUUGAUCAUAUUCAGUGACUGUGAACUUGACAGAGCUGUAAAAAUGGGUAUGGGAGCAGUGUAUUUCAACAAAGGAGAAAACUGCAUUGCAGCUGGCAGGCUGUUUGUGGAAGAAUCAAUUCAUGAUGAGUUUGUUAGAAAAGUGGUUGAAGAGAUAAAAAAGAUGAAAAUUGGUGAUCCACUUGACAGAGCUACAGAUCACGGUCCGCAAAAUCACAAGGCACAUUUGGAAAAGCUGCUGCAAUACUGUGAAACUGGAGUAAAAGAAGGAGCCACUCUAGUGUAUGGAGGAAGACAAGUACACAGACCAGGUUUCUUCAUGGAACCCACUGUAUUCACAGAUGUUGAAGACCAUAUGUAUAUCGCCCAGGAAGAAUCCUUUGGUCCUGUGAUGGUUAUAUCUAAAUUUAAAAAUGGGGAUGUCGAUGGAGUAUUGCGACGGGCAAAUGCCACAGAAUAUGGCUUAGCUUCAGGAGUUUUCACAAAAGAUAUAAACAAAGCUCUCUACAUCAGUGAAAAGCUAGAAGCUGGGACAGUUUUUAUUAACACUUACAAUAAAACUGAUGUGGCAGCGCCAUUUGGAGGAUUUAAGCUGUCUGGCUUUGGGAAAGAUUUAGGUAAGUUGUUUCCUUCCCUCCUUUAUUGUCUCAGCGUCUUAGUCAAUGAAAGAAUUACAAUCCUUAACCCAAUUCCUCUCCCUCCCUAAAUAUUCCCACUUCAAUACCUCCCAUUCAGCAUUUCCUGUAUAUUUGCUAAAUAACACAGAAUAUUCCUCUCCAACUACUCUGAGAGCAGACAAAUAAAUUACAGCUUUUUGUACAGGCUACAAAAGGCUGUCAAGUAACAAUGGUAUUGGCCAAAAUAUCCUU